GACGUGCCCUCUAUAUGAGGUUGGGGAGCGGCUGAGUCGGCCUUUUCCGCCCGCUCCCCCCUCCCCCCGAGUGCCGCUCCGGCUGCACCGCGCUCGCUCAGAGCUCCCGGCUCCUGCUAAGCUAGCGCCGCCGUCGUCUCUCCCCGGCCGCCGUCAUGAUCAUCUACCGGGACCUCAUCAGCCAUGAUGAGAUGUUCUCCGACAUCUACAAGAUCCGGGAGAUCGCGGACGGGCUGUGCCUGGAGGUGGAGGGGAAGAUGGUCAGUAGGACAGAGGGUAACAUUGAUGACUCGCUCAUUGGUGGAAAUGCCUCCGCCGAAGGCCCUGAGGGCGAAGGUACCGAGAGCACAGUAAUCACUGGUGUGGAUAUUGUCAUGAACCAUCACUUGCAGGAAACCAGCUUCACAAAGGAAGCCUACAAGAAGUACAUCAAAGAUUACAUGAAAUCAAUCAAAGGCAAGCUUGAAGAACAGAGGCCAGAAAGAGUAAAACCUUUUAUGACAGGGGCUGCAGAACAAAUCAAGCACAUCCUUGCUAAUUUCAAAAAUUACCAGUUCUUUAUUGGUGAAAACAUGAAUCCGGACGGCAUGGUUGCCCUGCUGGACUACCGCGAGGAUGGUGUGACCCCAUAUAUGAUCUUCUUUAAGGACGGUUUAGAAAUGGAAAAAUGUUAACGAAUUUGGCUCUUAACUUUGGACGUAUCACCUGUCGUCCUAGCUGGCUCCUACUCAUCCACACGACACCAGGACUUAGACGAAUGGGACUGACGUCAUCUUGAGCUCUUCAUUUAUUUUGACCUUGGUUUAUUUGGAGCGGAGGCAUUGUUUUUAAGAAAACAUGUCAUGUAGGUUGUUUAAAAAUAAAAUGCAUUUAAACUCA